AGGUGGCCGCCCCAGUAAUCCGCAUCGUCAACCCAGAAGCCCCUGCACAGCGUCAACAGGCCGUACUGAUGGCGACUAAAGAGGCCCGUUGCUAUCGUGAGAAAAAGAUGGUCUUCCCUAAACCUCCACAGGAGCUGCUCCUCCAGGACAGCGCCCCAAGAAGGGAAUGGAGAAAGCUAAACAAGAUGCAUUCGACAGUGCCAGACUUCAAGUAAUCAAAGAUGGCUAUGAGAGGGCUUUUGAGUGCAUUAAUAAAGGACUCACAGUAGAUGAAGCUGGAGACAAGGCACAGGCCCUGGAGCUCUACAAGCGAGGGCGACAGCACCUUCUCCGGGCCAUUAGUGUGCCCUCACAAGGAGAGGAGUGUGUCGGCAGCUCCUGGGAAUCAGCCAGGCAGAUGCAGCAGAAGAUGCAGGAGACGCUGAACAACAUCACCACUCGCCUGGCCAUACUAGAGACUAGCUCGGACUUUGAAUCUGCAACUACAGUAAACACUAGCAGUGUGUCUGGCCUUGAUGCUACAGAUGUGUCUGAAGAAGGUCUCUACCCAAAACUUCCCACCAAAAACAAGCCAGAGAAGCCAGCUCCACCAAUGCUACUUUCUCCUAACAGCCAGACAGCAGGAGCUGUAGGAGGGGUGUCAGCAUGCAGUAGUGAGGGUCUACCUCUCUCACCCACCAGACUGCCUGUGGUCCCAGCGGAACAGCCCCCAGCUUACUCUCCUCAGGCUGCUGACGGCCACCUAUCUGUCUCAUAUGGAACGGAGUCAGGGGAAAUGUCAUUAGUUGGGGAUGAGUUCUACAGUCGUUCUGUAAAAAGUUCUCUAAAAAAAAAGUGUUUCUCUCAAAAUGUUUUUCUUCUCGCUCUCAAAACCUGAGUCUUUGCUCUCGAUGCCGUUUCUUGCUCUGGUCUCAGGACUUAUAGUGUCAUUGGCUUAGACUGUAUAUAUGGUCUAUGGUCAUUGACGGGGCCAUGUUCCUAUUGGCCAGCUGGGUGAGCACCAUCUUGUCUUGGGAGUCCAUCUGAGUCAUAACACCAUUGUCACCAUCAUAGAUACAGUAGAUAACUAGCAGCCAGCCUACUUCUAAAUAUAGCUUUUAAUUACUAUUGCAUGCAAAAAGGCUAAUACGACAUUACAUAAGUGUAAAAAAUUACAAUAAUCAUAAGAGAAUGGUAGAGAUAUUGAGAUACUUUAUUUAUCCCGAAGGAAAUUAAGGUGUCCAAUAGCUCAUACACAUCCAUACACAUAGACACACAGAAAUAUG